UUAAUGCUGUUGCCUUGCAUUGAGUAGUUGAGUGGGCUCAGAGCUGUUGCAUUGCUGUGCUCUGCCUGCUGCCCACCUAUGCGCUGAUGUUAAGGCCGACAUCAAUUCAACCCAUCAUCACUUCACCACUCAUCCCUAACACCCCUCUAGUUCAGACCUACAUCUCCGGCGAGAAGGGUACCGGCAAGAAGGUCAUCUUCUUGAUCACCGAUAUCUUCGGUGUUGUCUUCAACAACGCCAAGCUCAUCGCCGAUGACUUCGCCGCCCAGGGAUACCUCGUCGUCGUCCCCGACCUCUUCAACGGCGACCCCGUCCCCUGGACCUACUUCGAGAAGCUCCAGGAGUACGACCUCGGCACCUGGCUCGGAAAACACCCCAAGGAGGUCACCGAGCCCCUCGUCGAGUCCGUCCUUGCCAACAUCAAGGCCGACUUCGCCCCCACCUCCAUCGCCGCCAUCGGCUACUGCUACGGCGCAAAGUACGUCGUCCGUCUCCUCGGCGCCAACAAGAUCGACGUCGGCGCCAUCGCCCACCCGUCCUUCGUCGACGACGAGGAGGUCGAGCUCGUCCGCAAGCCCUUGAUCAUCGAGGCCGCCGAGACCGACCCUAUCUUCCCUGUCGAGAACAGAAUCAAGACCGAGGCCAUCCUCACCAAGAACAAGGCCAUCUACGAGAUCACCGUCUUCUCCGGCGUCUCCCACGGCUUCGCUGUCCGUGGUGAUCCUACCGUUCCCCAGACUCUCUACGCCAAGGAGCGCGCUUUCUUCAACAUGGUUGCUUUCUUCAGCUUCCACAUGAAAUAGGCACUUUACUUUGAAUGAGUGAUGUACUAGUUAAGACAAAUAUACUGAUAUCUAUACUAUAUAUACUAUAAAUAU